AUGGGGAAGCAAACCAAAUCCAAAAGGUCGGAGAAUGCAGUAGGCAAAGGAAAGGUAACCCCAGUUCAAGUCGCGUUUAUCGUCGAUAGAUAUCUAUCUGACAACAAUUUUGUUCGGACUCGAUCCGUUUUCCGAUCUGAAGCUUCACUUCUUAUUUCCAAAUCACCGGUUAACGAGGCGCCCAAGAGUUUGUUGAGUUUAGGGGAUAUGUUGGAUGAAUACAUUUGUUUGAAGGAACAGAAAGUGAUUUUAAAUCAAGAAAAGAACCGAUUGGAGCAGGAGAAGUUUCGGGUGCAAACGUUGUUGCGUGGAAUGCAAGAUGCGAUGAAUGCUUAUAAUGUUGGCGGAGCUUCUGCUUCUGCCGCCGCUCCUCUGCCAUCUCCGAUGGUUAUGCCCAUUCUGUCGGCGGGGAAUACUUUGGCGUCCCCUGCACCGAGUUUUCCGGUGUACGACACCCAAGUCAUGAUGUCAACAUCCAGACCUUCCAACUCUCUAUCAGAAGUCACAAAUUUCUCAACACCAACCACGAGUCAACCGAAUUCAAAGAGAAGGAAAAGCACAAAAGAUGUCUCUGGUGCCCCAUUAGCUUUAAAGCGAUCGCGCAUUCAACCGUCAGGUGCUACUAAAUUGGUUUCACAACCAACAGCUACAUCAAGUAAUCAAGAAACUGUUUUACAAAUCACCCCAGCUCCAUCAACUACUAAAUCAUCAUUGGUUCAAGGUUCUAGUGUUGCCAAGUGUUUGUUCAAUCCAUCCAGUCAUUCUCCUGGUCCUCAAACACCCUCACCUUCUCCAAUCGACAAAUCUAUCUCUCCUGUUGAUAAUCAAACUCCACCUUCUAGUAACAAGAAAACCAUCACACCUCAGCAAAUCACAUCAACAAAUCGCACUGUUAUCACUUCUGAGACCAUCCAAGUGAGUCCCAUGAAACAAGUAUCUUACUAUUCGAUUGAGAGGAAUCAUUGCAUUUCUUCACCAUUGAAGUCAAGUGCACAAAGGUUCACUAAAAGGGAUCAUGUCAAAGGAAGACUGGACUUCGAUGGUUCUGAAAUGGCAGCAGUCAGUUCAGAGAUGUUAACUUCUGACGAGAAUACAGGAUCUCCAUCUGAAAUAGAAGACAAUGCCUUUGAUUUUGACUUGCCUAAUUUAGACUGUUUAGGAGUAGAUUUCAAUCUUACUGAUUUAUUGGGUGAUUUCGAUCUUGAUGGUGAUCGACUUGACUACUUUUGCCAGCCAGCUACUGGAUCUUCUCCAGAGUCUCUUUCAGGGUAACACUCACCACCUGUUCUUCACUUGGACAAUUUCAGUGAUCAUGAACUUCUGUCAGGAAUGUCUUCCACAGUGACCGAAAUCCGGUCUGAGCAAGACAUGAAUAUGCCAGGGCCGAAUUCGAGGACAUCCGUGACAUCAAUAACCAAAUGCAUCAAAGUAUUUAGUCCAGUGAAAAGCCGCAAGACUACAGGAUCAGAUCAUGAGAGUUGCGGUGUUGAAGGGCGAGUGGCUUAA